AUGCAGAAAGUUCGGGAACUUGCUGCGAACUACGGCUCAACGAGACGCAUUAUUGUUGCUUUCGAAGCCGAAUUGCAAUACAUGGUUGCAAAAAUUAGGCUAGAACAUUGUCUUUUCCAUCAAUUUGAAUUGGGCAUCGAAGGAAUUUUGCCGGACCAAGUGGAACAAGUUGUACAAAUGAAGGAAAUGAAACUUAUUGCUCGUAGAAAUGGCCUAAUGACGUUAAGGCAAAUCGUCAUGUCACUAAGUGCCGAGCCAUCAUCGUGGCUUGAGCGAAUUGCUGCGCAACUCGGUGGUUUUCCUGUGUUCAUACGAUCGUGCUCCUCAAAAAGUGGGCAUGAAACAAACCGCUGUUCAAUCCAUAACUAUGAUGAAUUACAAUCUUGGAUCAAGAGUAAUCUGGAAACGGAAAAUUUGUAUAACGGGGAAUACGUUGUGGAAGAAUGCUUGCGAGACGGAUACGAAUUCGUGUCGCUUUGUGCCACAUCUGAUCUUAUAUGUACCAUAACAAAGAUGAGUUCGGACCGGACACUCUUCGAAAGUAUUCGAGAUCAGAGACCUUACGUGUAUGAAUACCUCACAGUUGAGCAAACACGGGAUGUGAUGCCGGGAGUGGAAUCAUUCGUGCUACGAACCGCUAAAUCACUUCCCGCAUUGUCGAACUCAUCAUUCAUGUUUAUCAAGGGAUUUUACAGG